GGACAGCCGGGCUAUGGCAGGCAGAGCCGCUCCAUGCUGGGCACGAGCUGUGGCUUGUGCAAGAAGUUUGGAGAGUUGUGGAAGUAGUGACAUGACACGUCUUGCAGCCUGUGCCUACUGGAUAUACGUGCCAUAUUGUAUAGAAGAUAAAUGAAAAAGAAACCAAGAUGAAAACCGAGGACAAUGGCAACAUCACAGCUAUUCACCGCAGCUCCCGGCCACCGGGGACUAUAUAUUUGGAAGAAAGGGAAAAGAAAACGAUCCCCUUACACACACGUUUAACUAAAAAGAUAAGGAAAACCUGUAACUGUUCCUCCAAAAAAGCCAAAGAGGCACUACUCAGCUUCCUGCCUGUGCUGCAAUGGCUCCCUAAAUACAAGCCGAAGGAAUACUUGCUGGGUGAUGCCAUGUCAGGCCUAAUAGUGGCUAUUCUGCUAGUUCCACAGUCAAUUGCUUAUUCUCUUUUGGCUGGGCAGGAACCUAUCUAUGGCCUUUACACCUCAUUUUUUGCCUGCAUUAUAUAUUUUUUAAUGGGAACCUCUAAACAUAUCCAUGUUGGAAUAUUUGGGGUCUUGUGCUUGAUGGUUGGUGAAAUUGUGGACCGAGAACUACAAGCAGCAGGUUACGAUAAACUGGAUAACCAAAGAAGCCAGCUGUCAUCAAUGGCUGGCUUACUGGCAAAUGAAACGCUUGAUGCGAAUCAGACUUCAAGGAUGACUUGUGAUAGAAGCUGCUAUGCAAUUACAGUCGGAGCCACCGUUACAUUUAUGGCGGGAUUUUAUCAGGUAGUAAUGGGAGUCCUACAAGUUGGCUUUGUUUCUGUGUACCUCUCUGGCGCAGUUCUCAGUGGAUUUGCAACAGGUGCCUCUUUCACAAUCCUCACAUCUCAAGUGAAAUACCUUUUAGGAUUGAGUAUACCACGUGCCAAUGGAAUUGGCUCUUCUAUUUACACAUGGAUUUAUAUCUUCCAGAAUAUUCACAAGACCAACAUUUGUGACCUUGUUACCAGCAUUAUCUGCCUCUUAGUUCUGGUUCCAGCCAAAGAACUGAAUGAAUGCUUCAAAUCUAAGCUUAAAGCUCCCAUCCCUAUUGAACUUUUUUUGGUAGUUGGUGCUACUCUUGCCUCUCACUUUGGUCAUCUCAAAGAAAAAUAUGGUUCCAGUAUAGCAGGUGAAAUUCCUACAGGAUUCCUAAUGCCGAAGCCACCAGAAUGGGGCCUAAUUCCCAAUAUAGCAUUGGGGGCAUUGUCCAUUGCAAUUAUAGGGUUUGCAAUCACCGUCUCUCUUUCAGAGAUGUUUGGCAAGAAACAUGGGUAUGAAGUGAAGGCUAAUCAGGAGAUGUAUGCCAUUGGAUUUUGCAACAUCAUUCCUUCAUUUUUUCAUUGCUUUACCACAAGUGCUGCUCUGGCAAAAACGCUAGUUAAAGAGUCCACCGGUUGCAAAACUCAAGUCUCAGGAUUCAUUACCUCUUUAGUCCUUCUCUUAGUCCUACUGGUAAUUGCUCCUCUUUUUUACUCUCUCCAAAAAUGUGUUCUUGGAGUUAUCACCAUAGUGAACUUAAGAGAUGCCCUUAGAAAAUUUUUAGAUCUUCCCAAGAUGUGGAAAGUCAAUAAAGUGGACACCUCUAUUUGGUUGAUCACCAUGUUUUCAUCAGCAUUAGUUAGUACAGAAUUGGGACUAUUGACUGGCAUUGUCUUUUCAAUGCUGUGUGUCAUUGUAAGAUCUCAGAAACCUGGGGUAACACUGCUAGGCAGAGUGGAGGCCUCAGAUGUAUAUGAAUCUAUGACUGUAUAUAAGGACCUGAACACCACAAAAGGAGUUAAGGUCUUUCGAUUUGAAGCCCCACUCUAUUAUGUGAAUAAGCAGUGCUUUAAAUCAACCUUGUAUAAAUCUGUUGGUGUAGAUCCAGUAUUGGUGGCAUUAGCAGAGAAGAAAGCUGCAAAGAAGAAAGAGAAGUGGCAGAAGAAAGAGGGCAUCGCAGAUACCAGUCUUACUACAAUGGAAGUUGUACAGAGACUCUACCAGGAGCAGAUACCACUUCACUCUGUAAUCAUUGACUGUAGUGCCAUCCAGUUCAUUGAUACAGCAGGGUUAAACACUUUGAAAGAAGUCUUGAAAGAUUAUGAUGACAUUGGUAUUCGUGUUCUGCUGGCACAGUGCAGCAGUUGUGUGAGAAAUUCGCUUAGGAAUGGGGACUAUUUAAAAAGGGAGGAAGGGACUAUGGUAUUUCACAGCGUUCAUCAAGCUGUGCAGUUUGCACUGUAUGAGCAGGAACAAAAAGAUGCUUUUGUUAAUGGGUCAGCAGUUUAAAAGAGGUAGAGGCGAAAGAUACGCCAACGUUACCAUGCCAUAGGUGGCAUAUUCUUAAAUACCGAAGUGUGCAAUCUGGAAUUGCACAUAUUCAUUUUCUGAAGAAUAUACAACAAAGCAAUAUAUGUCAUACUGCCAGAUCACAGAACUACCUGUCUAUAACCAAAUACAGGAGGACAUUUUAACAUUUUAUUUUUUUAUUUUUACAUUUUUAUUAUGACAUAAUUCUUCCUCUGUAUAGUAGCAAAUGCGCAUAUCUGUAGCUCAUCACUCAGGACAAGAAAUGAUCAGAUUAUUUCUGUAAAAAAAUACUAUUUUUAUUCAAAUCUUAAAUGAAUUGCAGAGCUUUCGCUUACUAUUUUGAUAUAGAGGGACUAUUUUUUUUACAAGAUAUUCCAUAUAGACUAUUUUUUUUUGUAGAGAUUAUGUUAUAUUUGUUGGGAGAUUAUUUUAAUACAAAGAUUAAAAGACAUGAACGUGGUACUGGGUUCUACCAAUGACUACAAAUACGAAUUGCAGAGAUUAAGGUUUAUUGUAACAUGGGCAUUAGGGAAUGAGUUCAGGGUAAAACUGAUGGUUUUGCAUGCAAGUUGAAUCAGUUUUGUCCACAAUUGUAUUGUGUUUCUGUUUUUUCCAUGCCGAUGCAAUUUUACAU